AUGACCACUGUUCGACUCAGAGAUGUGUCUACUACAAUAGAAGAAUUAUUAAAAUCAUAUGAUAGUCGUUUGAGACCCUCGUUUGGAAAUACACCACUUCUUCUCGACAUAGAGAUUCGUUUAGCCAGUUUUGAUAGUAUAUCCGAAGUAAAUAUGGACUAUACGUUAACACUUUAUCUAAAUCAAUAUUGGAGGGAUGAUCGAUUAGCAUAUGGUGACAUUAGUGAAGAGAUAAUAUUAACCGGUGAAAUUAUUGAUCGAAUUUGGUUACCAGAUACAUUUUUUCCCAAUGAUAAAAGUGCUUAUCUACAUGAUGUUACAGAGAAGAACAAGAUGAUACGUUUAAAUGGUAAUGGAGAUAUCGUAUACGGAAUGAGAUUUACAACUACACUCGCAUGUAUGAUGGACUUACGACGAUAUCCGUUGGAUCGUCAAAAUUGUACUGUUGAAGUUGAAUCAUACGGAUACACUCAAGCUGACGUGAUUAUGCAAUGGAAACACGGAAAACAGUCUGUAUUGGAUUUAGAUAAAGUACAACUUCCACAGUUUACAAUAAUGGAUUAUAAUACAAUUUCUUACGGAAUGGAUCUAGCAACAGGUGUUUAUCAACGAUUAUCGUUAAGUUUCAUACUACAACGAAAUAUUGGCUAUUUUCUAUUUCAAACAUACUUACCAUCGAUUUUAAUCGUUAUGUUGAGUUGGGAUGAAUAUGAAAUAGAAGAAGAAUCAAGUGGCCGUAGAUCACCGAUAUUAAGUUUACGAAACAGAACACAAUUGAAUCAUUUAACAGAAAAUUGUGUAACUGAAUGUACGAAUGCCAAUUAUGAACAAACUAAUCAUCCACCACGAUUAAAUACGAUUAUUCGUGGUAGUACGUUAUACGGCAAAACAUUUUUAUCAUCGCCAUCAUCACGUACCAAAUCGACACAAAAACGUUCGAGGGCCGAUCGAUUUCUUAAUGCUGUAAGAUUAAAAGCAAAUAGCGUUUCAAAAAGUUUACCGCACAUAAAGGAUGUUAACGAUAUCGACAAAUGGUGUCGUUUAUUAUUUCCCGUUUUAUUUGUUAUAUUUAAUAUAUUCUAUUGGUGGUAUUAUAUGUCACGUGCAUGUAAAGAAAUUAUGACGACAGUAACAUUUUCUAAUGAUGAUGCCAAACAAAAUAUUUGUUCAAAAUCUCAGACAUCAAUAACAAAUAUUAUAAAUUUAUUUAAAACUAUAAUAAAAAAUUCUCAUACAAAUGAUGUCAUGACAACAACGUUAAAACAAUUUGUAGCAAGUGAAGCAAAUUUAAGUUCAACCGAUGAGCAUGUAAAUAAAAUAGAACAAACAUGUCAACAAUUAUUAUUUCAAGCUGAUCUUAUACAAUUGGAUACAAACGAAUUGAUUAAAAUCAAUGAUAUAUUAAAAAAUAUGAAUUUAUAA